AUGGACGCCAUCUCGUUCGUCCUAGGAAUCAAGUCCUCACAACUACGAUCAUCACAUCUCCGCGACCUAGUCUACCGUGGGAGGGUAAUGAAAACGUCCAAAAUCCAGGAUGACGGAACCGCGGCACCGGCAACCAACGGACAAGUCAACGGGCACCAGGAUGGCGAUGACGAGGAUUCCUCACAACGGGCGUCGAGGAACGACCCCAAAACGGCAUGGGUGAUGGCGGUCUACGAGGACGACGCGGGGGACGAGCAACGGUGGAAACGGAGCAUCACUAGCAACGGCACUAGCGAAUACCGUAUCAACGACCGCGCUGUUACCGCCCAACAGUACAAUAACGCCCUCGAGGAGGAGAACAUCCUAAUCAAGGCGCGGAAUUUUCUGGUCUUCCAAGGAGACGUCGAGGCCAUCGCGUCCCAGUCCCCCCAGGACCUAACGCGCUUAAUCGAGCAGAUCUCGGGGAGCCUCGAGUACAAAGCGGAAUACGAGAAGCUCCAAGCGGACGCCGAGCAGGCUGCAGAGAACCAAAACUUCCAGCUUCACAGGAGGCGAGGCAUCAACUCGGAAAUCAAGCAAUACCAGGAGCAGAAAAAGGAGGCAGAAAACUUCCAAAAGAAGACGGAGGAACGGGACGAGGCCGUCAUCACCCAUAUCCUGUGGAAGUUGUACCAUUUCCAACGCGUCAUGGACGAGUCCAGCGCCCAGAUCCAGGAACACCACGAGAACCUGAAGGAGUUUCGUCGCAACGUGGAAACCUUUGAGAAGAAACUCGAGACAGCGCGCAAGGAGCAGGCCACCGUUGGCCGCGAGGUCAGCAAGAUUGAGAAGAGCAUCAAGAACAAGGAGAAGAGCAUCGAAGACCGUGACAACAGCCUUGUUCCGAUCGACGAGAAGAUCACACAAAGCUCGCAGGACAUGACAGUUUUGCGGAAACGGAUCUCUGAUGUCAAGAAGGACCGUGACGAGAAGGCGACAAACAUCCAGAAGCUGAAGAAGGACCUGGCAACGGUCGAGAAAGCGCACCAGCAAUUCGAGAAGCAAUGGUCCGAAACGCUGAAGAAGCAGGGCAAGGAGCUGAGUGACGCAGACCGCAAGGAGUACACCACACUGCAGGCCGAGGCUAUGAGGAAGACGUCGGAUAACCGCGCAAAACUGGCCAACCUCGAACGACAACUAAAAGGCGAUGAAGUAACGGUAAAUAGUCUCAAGGGCAAGAUCGACAACUUUGAGGCCGCCGCCGAGAAGCUGCAGAGCGAGGUCCAAGUGAUUAAGGAUCGCCGCAAUGGCAGCCAGGACUCGGUUCGCCAAAUAACCAGUGACAUUGAUGCGAAGAAGAAGGAGUUCAACAGCGUUCAGUCUGAGCGUAUUAGAAUUAACAACACUCACACCGAGCUGGAAGAGAAACUUCGUGAUGUACUCAGGAAACUCGACGAUGCCGACAUGGGGCGACGACAAAACGAGAAGGAGACCAGGAUGAGGAACAUGAUUAGCGAUCUGAAGCGUAUCUACCCGGGAGUGCGCGGCCGAGUGGGCGAGUUGUGUAAGCCCAAACAAAAGAAAUUCGACGAGGCCGUCAUCACUGCGCUGGGCCGCGACUUUGACGCAGUUGUGGUGGACUCGGAGAAGACCGGCAUGGACUGCGUGCAGUACCUCAAAGACCAGCGGUUUCCCCCAGUCACUUUCAUUCCGCUCGACAACAUCAAAGUCAACACUUCCAACUCUGCGAUCAAGGGGAUCAUGGGGGCACGGCUAACCAUCGACACGAUCGAUUUCGACCCAUCUUUGGAGCGGGCCAUCGCCUAUGCCUGCGGCGGUUCCGUGGUCUGCGACACUCUGGAGGUCGCCAAGGAUAUCGUGUACGGCAGAAAGAUCCAGGUCAAGGCGGUGACCGUACAAGGCUACGUAAUUCACAAGGGUGGCACCAUGUCUGGUGGCCGGCUGCCAGAGGAUAAGGGUGGGAAACGACGAUUCGAGGAGCAUGACGUCCAGAAUCUGCAGCGGUUGGCCGAGAAGUUCCGGGACGAGAUUGCCAAGUUGCCCAGGCCAGGGAGACGAGGCGCCGCGGAAGAAAGCCUGCAAAUCGAGAUUGGUGCGCUCGAGCAGCGCCUCCUACUUCAACAGAGCGAACUGGCUGCGUUUGAGAAGAACCUCAAGAGCAAACAAAAGGAGCUCGAUCACGCAAAGCGGGAGCUCCGCGAUUACCAGCCCAAGUACGCCGACAAGGAGGGCGAACUGCAGAGGACACGGGCUACCGUCGAGAAAUUUGAGAAGGCCAUCUCAGAUGUCGAGGACAAGAUAUUCAGCUCCUUCUGCAAGCGUCUGGGGUACGAAACGAUCCGCGCCUACGAAGCCCAACAGGGGAGCCUCGAGCAGGAGGCGGCACAGAAGCGCCAGGACUUUGACCUGCAGAAACAGCGGAUCCAGAACAACCUGUCUUGGGAGACGUCACAGCAUGACGGGGCCAACGAGCGGGUGCGGACCAUGGAGACAACCCUGAAGAGGCACCAAAAAGACCUCGGGGCUUUCCAGCAGGAGAAGGAAGACAUCGAGGAAGCCAAGGCACAAGACCAGGACGAGCUCGAGGCGCUUCAAGAGUCUGUAGAGGAGGUCAAGGCUAGCCACGCCGAGAAGUCCAAAAAGGUGGCCGAUGCAAAACUGGAUUUGCAGAAGAAGACCAAGGAGAUUGAGUCAAGGUUAAAGGAGAUUAGCAACCUCGAAGGCACGGUGCAGAAGAAUAGCGCCCAGAAAUUCGCCUUGCUGCGGCGCUGCAAGCUAGAGCAGAUCCAGCUACCGAUGAGCGAGGGUUCGCUCGACAACAUUCCCAACGAGGAUGUGCUGCUCCGCAAGGACCAUGACGCUAUGGAUGUCGACGGCGAAGCGGAUGAAGACGAGGUGCUCGAGGCCGCCAUGGACGACUACGGUAUCGAGAUCGACUUUGACGGUCUAGACGAAGAUCUCAAGAAUCCCGACGACGACCUCGAAGACAAGCUCCAAGACAAGAUCACCUCGCUCACCACCGAACUCGAGAAGCUCAACCCCAACAUGCGCGCCAUGGAGCGCCUCGAAUCCGUCAAAUCACGCCUCGAGUCCACAGAACAAGACUUCGAAGACUCACGCGCAGCCCUGCGCUCAGCGCGGGACGCCUUCACGCAGGUCAAAGAAAAGCGCUUCGACCUCUUCAACCGAGCCUUCGCGCACAUCCAGGAGCAGAUCACCCACGUGUACAAGGACCUGACGCGGUCCGACGCCUACCCGCUCGGCGGGCAGGCCUACCUGGACAUCGAAGAGGACACCGACACCCCCUACCUGUCGGGCAUCAAGUACCACGCCAUGCCGCCGCUCAAGCGCUUCCGCGACAUGGAGCACCUCAGCGGCGGCGAGAAGACCAUGGCCGCCCUCGCCCUGCUGUUCGCCAUCCACAGCUACCAACCCAGCCCCUUCUUCGUGCUGGACGAGGUCGAUGCCGCGCUGGAUAAUGCGAACGUCGAGAAGAUCAAGAAGUAUAUCCGCGAGCAUGCCGGGCCCGGCAUGCAGUUUAUUGUUAUUAGUCUGAAGCCGACGCUGUUUCAGGACAGUGAGAGCUUGGUGGGCGUCUAUCGCGAUCAGGAGGUGAAUAGCUCGAGGGCGUUGACGUUGGAUCUGCGGAACUAUGUAUGA